GUGAGGCUACCAUGGCGGGAGGAAUCAAAGUGGCGGUGUGGUCGGCGGUUGGUCCGGGGCCCGGGUGCUGCGGGGCCGGGGGCGGCGGAGCCGCGUGGCUGCUCUUGGUCGUCGCCGGCUGCGUGGUCGGCUGCUCAGCCCACAGGGUUAGGUCUCACUGUGGCAUUCACUCUCCAGUGAGAGGAGUUGUUCGUUCUCCUCCUCCACCUGCCCCUGCUCUUUGCACUGUGUGUGGACCUUAGCCUCUCCAUUUUGAUGGCAUAUCUGGAAUUGAUGUAAAUGUGGUCAUGCUUCAGGAAUCCCAAGUUGAUAUGAAUUCCAGUCAACAGUUCUGUUAUAAAAAUGUGCUUAUCCCAAAGUGGCAUGAUAUAUGGACACGGAUACAGGUUCGGGUAAAUAGCUCCAAAUUGGUCCGUGUUACCCAGGUGGACAGUGAGGAGAGGCUGAAGGAGCUGGAACAGUUUAGUGUCUGGAACUCUCUCUCUUCUUUUUUAAAAGAGAAACUGAAUGAUACCUAUGUUAAUGUGGGUCUGUACAGCACAAAAACCUGCCUCAAAGUUGAGAUUAUAGAGAAGGACACCAAAUACAGUGUCAUUGUGACACGGAGAUUUGACCCCAAGCUCUUCCUUGUUUUCCUCCUUGGACUGACACUGUUUUUUUGUGGAGACUUGUUGAGCAGGAGUCAAAUUUUCUACUAUUCCACUGGGAUGAGCGUGGGAAUCGUGGCUUCUCUCUUAAUCGUCAUUUUUAUGAUCUCUAAAUUGAUGCCCAAGAGAAGUCCCAUUUACGUCAUCCUGGUAGGAGGCUGGUCCUUUUCUCUGUACCUCAUUCAGCUAGUUUUUAAGAAUUUGCAAGAGAUAUGGAGGUGUUAUUGGCAUUAUCUUCUAAGCUACAUCCUCACAGUUGGAUUCAUGAGUUUUGCAGUGUGCUAUAAGUAUGGGCCUCUGGAGAAUGAACGCAGCAUCAACCUACUGACCUGGACGCUGCAGCUGCUGGGCCUGGGUUUCAUGUAUUCCGGCAUUCAGAUCCCGCAUGUUGCCUUUGCUCUCAUCGUCAUUGCACUGUGUACUAAGAACCUGGAGUACCCUAUCUACUGGCUGUACAGCACCUACAGAAGGAUGUGUAAGGCAUCAGAAAAGCCUGUCCCCCCUCGCCUCCUGACAGAAGAAGAGUAUCGGAUACAAGGAGAGGUGGAGACCCAAAAGGCUUUACAGGAACUCCGAGAAUUCUGUAACAGUCCGGAGUGCUCUGCCUGGAAGACAAUAUCUCGAAUUCAGUCUCCAAAAAGAUUCGCCGACUUUGUAGAAGGUUCUUUUCACCUUACGCCAAAUGAAGUUUCUGUUCAUGAGCAGGAGUAUGGACUAGGGAGCAUCCUUGCCCAGGACGAGGAGCUGUCCUCAGAGGAGGAGGGCUCAGAGGACCUUCCUCUGACACAGAACAGUUUCCUGACUUAAAUGGCAGUCAUUUGUUUUCAUGUAGACUGGCACGAUGCCUUGGUGACCCAUGUUGAAAGCGCUGUGCAAUUCUCCCAGGCUUUGAUGACAGCCUGGAGCAGGUGCAGGAGUUCUCAUACUGAAAUGAGGGGGCUUCGUGGGUUGCCCUCUGGCAGUACUUUUGGUGUGUACUUCAGGAUGGUCCUCUUCGAGGAGAGAUUGACAGAGGCAGUGAGGGCUGUGACCAUUUGCUUCUGACAAUUGAGCGCUUGACCCGCUUUGCUGUUCUUGAAGUAAUUGCCCACAGCCAGCAGGACAUCCUAGCUCCUGUUUGAAAGUUUACUGAAUUCUGGCAACUCUGUCACUGUGACAAACCCUUAGAAAUGAGUAUUAAGUGCAGUAAUGCAUUCAAAUGGAGGCUGCAUCUUUUAAAGAGAAUCUAUGAGUGAAAGCCAUUUUUUUUUACUUCUGUCUGCUUUUAUUUCAGUGGAUCCUUAUAAUAAUCCUUGAUUUAAAUAUUGAAGAAGAAAUAGAUUAUUACCUAUCUUGUUUUUUAAACAAAUGUAUUUUUUUAAGUGCAACAAAUUCAUGUUCCAGAACCAAUAAGUGCUCCAGAGUACAAACCCUACUGAUCCCAGAUAUUUAUUGGUAUGGGUACUUCGUGGAAACCCCUGGAGCUGCUGCUGCUGGUGAGCCUUGAACUCUCACGAGUCUGAUUUUAGUUUGCUUGCAUUUAGGAGAAUGUCUGCUGCCCUUCUGUAGGUUCGGUUUCCUAAGCUUUUUAUUUAACACUGGCAUUUUUCUCUUGCCGUUUCUCACCACUGACUUUUCCCACUCAGGAACUCCCUUUCCUGUGGAGUGUGCACAGUUGAGAAUCUGUCUCAUUUUCUGAUUUGCCUCCACCUCCUUUCUAACGUAUCUCCUGCUGUGUACCUCAGGCUGGCCCAGGUUCCCUCUGCAUCCAGCAGUUCUGUUUUGACUUUCCUUCCCUGUCAGGGGCUGCUAUGUACCUCAGGCUGGUCCUUUCACCUUAGCUUUUAGCUGCUGGAAUUUUAAGCCUGUGCUGCUGUACCAAGUUUCUUUUUUUCUUCUUUUUUAGUUUUCGAGACACAGUUUCUCUGCAGUUGCUCUAUAGACCAGACAGGCCCGGAACUUACAGAGAUCCACCUGCCUCCGCCUCCCAAGUGUGCUACCACCGGCUGGCAUGUCAAACUUCUAGUCUUGUUUCUUACAUAUAAAUACCCCUUUACCUUGGUUCCUUAUUUAUACUCCUCUUCCCCCCCCCAGUCAGAUCACAGAUUUUCUGAGUUGCUACACAAUCAGGAAACUGUCCCAGGGCUGGGGAUGUAGCUUAGUGGUAGAGUGCUUACUGGUUCAGCAUGCAAGGCCCUGAUUGGAUCACUCCCACCACAACAACAAAAUGAGCCUUUUCUCCUUGUCCUUGUCUCCCUUUUAUGUAUCCAUUCUACCCAUUCAGCCUUCCUUCCCACCAGCAUGCUCCCAGGUCUUGGAAUUUGUAAGUCCUGAGCAGCCAUCUAUUGAGUGUCUUUCCAUACAGUUUUAGUUUUGUAGCUGGCAGAGAGCAGACCUUCAGGUGUGCUUCCUGCCUCUGCUGCCCAUUCAGCUGUUAGAUCUGACACAUUCCUGAGUGUACUACACUUACAGGUCCAUUUCGGUAGAGAUGCUGCCCCUGCAGUGAUGUCAGCUUCAGAACCUCUUGCCUUUGCAGAACCCUUAGAAGCUAGCAGGAUUGUUUAUGAGGGACAGACCCUCAAGUUUCUGCCGUUUGCUUGGUUCUUUCAUUGUGAUCUUCACCAUACACUGGAGGAAGUGUGUAAUGUUUGUAAUUCCUUCAGCCAGGGAGGUCGGUGCUCACUCAGGAAUACAGCAUCAGACUCAUUGUCUUAGGAUCAUCAAGGAGGAAGAUGGUAUUUUCAGGAAGCUCUUAGGGCUUCUUCAGAUCCGCUUUCAACAUGUAAUUUUGGAAGACCCUGGGCUCUACUGCUAGCAUCCAAAAUGUCAGCUGAGACACCUCUCCAGGUGGCCAGUUAGUUAUUUCAACCAAUGUUCCCCAUAGCCUUAAAUUGUCCUAAAGUGACAACUACCUCACUUGGUAGAAGGUGACAGAGGAGAAAUGAAAAGGAGCAGUGUCUGAGCAGGCGCUGUGGUUAGAGCUGAGGGUACAAGAAACUUUGUGACGGAGCCUUUUUGUCUUUGUGAAUUAUGAACGUGGUAAAAAUUUGUCCCCUCUCAAAGAACUUAAAGCUCCUGAAGGGGUGGGAAUGAACUUCAGAGGCAGUGAGUGCUUGUCCCGCAGGUACAGGCUGUGGUUCAGUUUUUGGCACCCCAAAAACAAAGCCCACCACUAACGAGAGCCUCCAGAAUAUGCUGUUUUGGAGGCUUCUCUACAGAAAUUUAUACCUAGUGUAUUUUAGUGUAAACUCAGUUGUACACCUGGUGUAGGUCUUGGCAGACCUUAGUGCCUCCCCCCCCCCUCGCUCCUUAUGGAUGGUAGCUUGCUAAGGCUUUGGACUUCUAUUAAUUUUAAUGAGUAGUCACUGUAAGUGACUUUGAUCUUCUGUGGGUUGACUCCCUGUGAAAUACAGAUUUCUUUUCAAGGCCAUUUUUAAUUUAACUGUAUUUGAAUUUGGGGCAAGCAAACCAAGCUCAUUUUCUUACCCCUGCUUGGUAGUUGGAGAACAGAGUGCUGUGAGAGCUGCUCUCAGACAGUGAAGGACAGAUGGCGCCUACUCUGUAUGCUGUGUAUCCUUGCCCCGCCCGCCCACCCACCUGCCCACCCCUUCUGCUGUGCUGGGUAUAGAGCCCAGCCUCUGCCUGUCCAGACACUGCCUGAGUGAGCUCAGUCUCAUCCCUCAGAAUGAUCUGAUCAAGGACUAAAGGGAGAACUGGAGUGAGCUGGAGCCAUGUGUGCUGCCAUGUCAGCAAUCAGCAACCCAGAAAUUGGUUCCAGGACUCAGGAUCUCGAUGGUAUUGGAAAUCUAUUGCUUCUAAUGGGUCUGACCUAACUGAAUUCAUAGAACAUGACUCCCAUUAAUGGGAACACGAGAGGCACCGGCAUAAAACUUUACAGUUUUCCUUUCCUCAUGAGAACAUAGUGAUCAAAGCCAGGAAAAGUUUAGCGACUUUGAUAACUUGGUUACCUUGAAAUAAGAAAGAACUUAGUUCUCCACCCACAUUCUUGUUCUGUCAGCAGUGGUGGCUUUGCCUGGGAUAGCUCUUUAGGUCCCACUGUUCCAUUUUGCCAUAUUAUCUCCCAUUCAAGGGCAUAGCCCUCAGCUCAUCAAUUAUGUUCUCUUUAGCCUACCCUACUUGUCAUGGGUGAUUCAGGUUUGGUGAAUGAAAGGACGCACAUAGGCCAGAGAAUCCCCCUAGGCCUUGAUACCCAUGAAGGGUUUGGGAAUGGGUUACGUAAUUGUUCUCAACCUUUUUGUUCCAGAAAGAAACGUGUGCUGAAAUGGAUACCAGAGUUAAAAUGGUCCUUAGCUGUGCCCACAACUCUUCUGAACUGAGUGGUACAAGUCGAAGUAUGCACACAGAAAAUUAUACCUUCUAGUAUUCCUUUGAACUCGGGUUCAAGAUGAUUGCCUGUAUUUGAAUGCUAAGAGUUUGUCUGAACACAGGAGAGGACAGCGGCAGGUUUGCUGAGCUCUUACCUUAGGUAGACACUGAAACUAAGGGAUAAGCGCACAAAGUAGCCAUUGCACUUUAAAGUAUGUCCAAACCUUUUUGCUUGUAUUCUUGUAGCAGACAUUAUUUCUUUGGGGGAACUUAAGCAGUUGUGGUAACCCAGUGGCAUCUUUGUGGCUUGAUUACGGAUUCUGUUGCUGUUGGAGACCAGAUGGUAACUACCUUGAAAAGGAGGUUUGGAAGUCAGACAUGGUAGUUAGUGUUCGGCUGAACUUGGAAGGCUGAGAUGAGGGAAUCACUUGAGUUGGACAUUAGCAACGAUGGGGACCCCAUUUAAAAAUAGGAAGGAAAAGAAACAAGAAGAGUGUGGAGUGCCUUACAUGGCAGGACCUGGAACCCACUGGGAAUAAGCAAAGCAUGUGGAUACCCUCUAACCCCAGCAGGGAAAGAAGUGGUCAUAUAGACUCAGAUGCAGGGCUUUGGGCCACAUGUGUCUUCCCUGUGUCAUUUUUCUUUGACACCCUCUUAUCACUCCCCACCCCCACCCCCACCCCAGGCAGGUAUUGUUUAGACAGGACACCCCUCUAGCCCAGGGGCCUGGAAUAAUUCAAUAUGUUUAUUAUCCAGUCUUGCCUACAACUCUUGGUAGCCCUGCCUCCUGAGUGCUGGGAUUACAGGCUUGAGCACCAAGCCCAGCUUCCUCCUCCACACUCUUGGUGUUACCUCGAAAAUGGUGAAUUCAUUUGCUUUGCACUUGUAGGCAGCAUGAGCCUCACGGUCAUGACAGAUGGUCCCUGACGUGAACCUUGAAGCCUGCUACAACCUGCUGUGGCCACAGUUUCCAUGUCUACAGAACUAUUUCUGAAAUAACAGGGCUAAGAAACUACUAGACAAGUGGUAGCUUGUGGGUAAUGCCUUAGUGCUAUUUAGAUAAAAUAUUUGUCAUUUAUGCUUAAUACAUGUUAAGGAAUGUUUAGGAAGAACAACGUUUUCAGGGAUGGCUGUUUGCUGUGAGUCUUCCACAUUUAUGUAAGAAAAACUGGUGCCAUGUUUUUUAUUUCUAUUGUGACUUGUAAAUAAUCCCGACUUUAAUAAAGUAUUUUAAUAUCUUU